AUGCUCUGGGGACUCCCAGAAUAUCGGUAUGACAUCCUCCAGAAACUCUGCAUGUAUCUUAUCAAAUUUGGUCCUAUUCCCAAGCACGUAGCCAUUAUUAUGGAUGGCAACAGACGUUUUGCGACCAGCAGAAACAUGCAGUGCUCGUCUGGACAUACGGAGGGUUUUUCUAAACUGUCAGAGACUCUCCGUUGGUGUUACGACCUUGGAGUUGAAGAACUCUCAGUGUUCGCCUUCAGUGUUGAGAACUUCAACCGCUCUCAGGAGGAGAUAUCAUUCCUAUUUGACCUGGCUGCAGAAAAAGAUACGCUGUCUUCCAUGGGUGUUUGCGUUCGUAUAAUCGGUGACAUCACCAUGUUGCCCACCCGCAUUCAGCGAAUCGCCAGUGAAAUGAUGCUAAAAACCCGACACAACACAAGAUUAUUCCUAAAUAUUUGUAUGGCGUACGGUGGACAAAAUGAGCUGACAGAUGCUGCAGAACGCAUCCGGUUAGGAGUGCGUGAUAAAGUGAUUCAUCCCAGUGAUGUAAACCCGGAUCUUCUGUCUCAGUGUCUCUAUACGGGGCAUUCGCGACCACUGGACCUCUUCAUCCGAAGUUCCGGAGAAGUGCGUUUGAGCGAUUUCCUUGUGUGGCAAGCAGCACACAGCGGUGUAGUUCACAAAUUUGUGGAAAGCUACUGGCCCAACUUCACUCUCUGGGAUUUACUUGGAGCUAUUUUACACUAUCAACUGACACUUCUUCAAAUGUCCCGACUCAAUCCGUCUAGUCCAUAUCAAGCUACUGCUAGUUCUUCCGGCUCUACACAGCGUAGUGGCGUUGGAGACAAACACCGCACACUGCGAAUUCGACGUUUCUUGAGCCAGUUGGACCGUUCUCAUUGGGCGGAUUUGGAGAAGCGAAGUCUUUCAUUCCAAGCGCCCAGUAACACAGAGCCAAGAAUCAUACAACGAUCCGUUGGUGACUCUCUACUUAGCUGAUCCUUUCAUCUGCACAGAUUCCCGGUACAGCAAAAGAAUCAAUUUCUUCUAAGCGUGCGCAAAUUAAGCUUUUGUACUGUGAUCUUUUCUCAAGUCUAUGUGUUCCGGUUUACAAGAACUCAGAAUGAUGCUCGAUCACGUGUCCGAUACCUGUUUUUUUAUUGCUUAUUGAAGUCCUUCUGUAUGUUCUCCUGUUAGGACCCAAUUCCUUCAUUUCAUUUUGAAUCCCAAUGAAUGUGCAAAGUUGACUCCGUCUUGUGAGCAGAUUAUAU